AUGGAAAGAAGAUUCAACACAGCUCGCCCCGGUGGGAAAGGAGAAGGGAAGAGCGGACACGAGGAGCGAUCCUCCGUACCCUGGACCGUUUCUCCGCCGAGCCGUUCGGGGGCGCUGCUCUACUCCUCGCCUGCCGAGCCCCGGCGGCGCCGCCCGCUCGACUCUUCCGGGCGGAAAUGCCGGGGCGGUGACGGAAGCCCGGAGGAAGGGGCUAGAAGGAACGAGAGUACAGGAGAGAGAGGCCGGCGGGUGGGAGGCGGCGGAGGCGGCGGAGGCGGCGGCGGAGGCGGCGGCGGCGGCGGCGGCGGCUGGCAGCUUUCUUCCGGCGGGAGCUGCGCCGAAGACGCGCGCCGCGCUCCCCGCCACCUCCCUGCGCUCUUGGGCGACUCCCGGGACGCGCGGCCGGGUGGGAUCGGGCGGGCGGGAGUCUCCCUGAGGCCGGCCGCGGAGCCUGCGCGCAGCGCGAGGGACACCAAGGCGUUCACCAAGGAGCUGGACCAGUGGGUCGAGCAGCUGAACGAGUGUAAACAGCUGAACGAGAACCAAGUGCGGACUCUGUGCGAGAAGGCAAAGGAAAUUUUAACAAAAGAAUCAAAUGUGCAAGAGGUUCGUUGUCCUGUUACCGUCUGCGGAGAUGUACAUGGCCAAUUCCAUGACCUUAUGGAACUCUUCAGAAUUGGUGGAAAAUCACCAGAUACAAACUAUCUAUUCAUGGGUGACUAUGUAGACAGAGGUUAUUAUUCUGUGGAGACUGUGACUCUUCUUGUAGCAUUAAAGGUGCGUUAUCCAGAACGCAUUACCAUAUUGAGAGGAAAUCAUGAAAGCCGACAGAUUACCCAAGUAUAUGGCUUUUAUGAUGAAUGCCUACGAAAAUAUGGAAAUGCCAAUGUUUGGAAAUAUUUUACAGAUCUUUUUGAUUAUCUUCCGCUUACAGCUUUGGUGGAUGGACAGAUAUUUUGCCUCCAUGGUGGCCUCUCUCCAUCCAUAGAUACACUGGAUCAUAUAAGAGCCCUAGAUCGUUUACAAGAAGUUCCGCAUGAGGGCCCAAUGUGUGAUCUCUUAUGGUCAGAUCCAGAUGAUCGUGGUGGAUGGGGUAUUUCACCACGUGGUGCUGGCUACACAUUUGGACAAGAUAUUUCUGAAACAUUUAACCAUGCCAAUGGUCUCACACUGGUUUCUCGUGCCCACCAGCUUGUAAUGGAGGGAUACAAUUGGUGUCAUGAUCGGAAUGUGGUUACCAUAUUCAGUGCACCCAAUUACUGUUAUCGUUGUGGAAACCAGGCUGCUAUUAUGGAAUUGGAUGACACCUUAAAAUAUUCUUUUCUUCAGUUUGACCCAGCACCUCGUCGUGGAGAGCCUCAUGUAACUCGGCGCACUCCAGACUACUUCCUGUAAAUUCUUCCUGGGAAAAACUGCCUUUGUAUGUGAAAGUAUACUUGGCUUUUAUAUAUAUAUAUAUAUAUAUAUAUAUAUAUAUAUAUAUAUAUAUAUAUAUAUAUAUAUAUAUAUAUAUGUGUGUAUUUAAAAUUUUUAAAAGGCAACAGUAAUCUCUUUUGGUAACAAAUUGUGAUCUAUCUUGGCAUUGAACCACAUCAUGGACCAAAAUGUGCCAUACUAAUGAUGAGCAUUUAGCACAAUUUGAGACUGAAAUUUAGUACGCUAUGUCCUAGAUCGGUCAGUCCAACGGUUUGCCUGCUGUAUUUGUAGUAACUAUUUUCCUCUGGACUGUUCCAGAAAAAAAAGGUAACUUAACUGCUUUACCUCCUUUUGUGCUUAUUUGGAAAUUUUAGUUAUAGUGUUUAACUAGCAUGGAUUAAUACAUUUGGAGUUUUAUUUUUAACAAAAAUUCACAAGCUGACUUCCACUUAAUCCAUUACCCUUUAUUUUAUUGAAAUGUAUAAUUAACUGAAGAAAAGAUUCUUCCUGGGAGUAUGUUGUCAUAACAUUAAACAGAUUGCCCUUCAUUUACAUUACUGUUUUAUGUUGAUCUCUACAUUUCUGUAUAUUUGUCAUGACAGUGGUUGCUCCUAUUUGGUGUACUGAGCAAAUAAACUUUUCAUUUUAAACAAAAA